UCUUUAGACACUCUUCAAUCUUAAUAACACCCUUUGCCAUUCUUAAGAGCUACAACUUCACUUUUUCCUUUGAAAACCUUAGACCAUUCUCUAUAGUGAUUCUCAAAGCACAACAACUAAUUCUAACCGCUCUUAAGAAAUGGCAUCCACCUCAAUGUCAGCCUCUGGCUCAUGGAGUGUUAAGGACAACAAAGCCUUUGAAAAGGCUCUAGCUGUUUAUGACAAGGACACCCCUGACCGUUGGUACAAUGUUGCUCAUGCUGUUGGUGGGAAAACACCCGAGGAAGUGAAGAGGCACUAUGAACUCCUUGUUCAGGAUGUUAAGCAUAUUGAGUCAGGGCAAGUGCCAUUCCCUAAUUACAAGAAAACUGCAGGGUCUGAGGAGGAGAAAAGGAUGAGGAAUUUGAACCUCCAGUGACCCACAACUGCCAUCAACAACAACAACAACAACAAAGAUUUUCUAAUUUUAACUUUUCCUGUUUCCUGGUGGUACUACAUGGUGUUAUGUCAUACAUAAUGCUAGUUCAAUAGUAUUAGG